UCAUCCGCCAAGCUGAGACGAGCGAGUGGCACGCUUUCGAGGGCCGAGUGGGUCGCCCUUCGCCUGUGCUCGCUUGAAACGGGGACUCUGAGGCGAAACAUGUGUCUGCUGGAAAGGAUUUUGGCGCAGCAUGAGGAACAGUUAGUGGUGUAAACGAACGUGUCUGUGUUUGGACCGACAGCUGUUGAGGUGGCAAGUGAUUCAACACUUGCCAUAGUGUGCCUUCUUAAACUACGAAUUUCCCAGGAGCCAAAACCAGCAGUUUUAACCCUAAGCUAUCAUCACCAGCGGAGAAAUGAGCAGCCAGGGCAUAAGGCAUCGGCGGUGGUUGCUGAUGCUGACGGCAAUCGGCCUCGGCUGGGUCGUCGCGACCUCCGUCACGGUCUUAGGCAUGUUCAUGACAGCCUGUCGGAGGAAAGGCAAGCCAGAGAUGGAUAUCGGAGGCCUCUGCAAUUCUUCCUCGCUGCAUGAGGGCUAUGCAAUGGUAGGCUUCGGUUCCCUCAUGAACGUGACUUUGCUGGUGACUAUGUUGGUUCUGCUUAUGAGGGACAGGAGGAACAACCGCGUCAAGCCAGACCCUCCGCCCGACUACGAGAGCCUCAUCAAGGAGGAGACGCCGCCGCCCUCCUACUUCGAGCUCAACCUCGACGAGUCUGCGCGAGAUGUCGUUGCCGUCGCGAGUCCUUCCGCCUUUUCCUUUUCCUCUCCCUCCUCCUCGGCCUUGUCCUCUUCCUCCUCCUCCUCCUCGCCCAUAGACGCGAGUGGCUCUACGCCGCCCACAACAACGUCAGUUUCUCCGCCCACGACGGUCUCCGCGGGCGUGUCCUGCACCAAGUCUCCGUCUCCGGAGGCGUCCCUCACGCGCGAAGAAAACGAAGUCUAUUCAAAUGAUCUCACGAUACUUCUCUAAGAGAGUCUUUCAGUCUUAUUUAUGAUUAUUAUUAUAAUAGAUUAAAAUUACCGACUUGUA